GCCGCAGCGGAACCCCGUUUCCUCUUCCUCCUGCACCAUCUUCCUGUUCAUGGCUACUUCCUAUUCUUUGCUGCUGCCCCUUAUCUCCCCUCAGCGUACCCCCAUGGACCCACAGGCGGCACCAGAGUAUGCUCACUCCAUCCGGCUGGACGGGGACAUCAUCCUGGGCGGGUUAUUUCCUGUCCACUCCCGGGGGGACCGUGGCACACCCUGUGGGGAGCUGAAGAAAGAGAAGGGGAUCCACCGUUUGGAGGCCAUGAUGUUCGCCAUCGACUUGAUCAACAAGGAUCCUGAUCUGCUCCCCAACAUCACUCUGGGCGCCCGCAUCUUGGAUACCUGUUCAAGGGACACGUAUGCUCUGGAGCAGUCUCUGACCUUCGUCCAGGCCUUGAUAGAGAAAGACGGCUCGGAUGUUCGCUGUGCUAAUGGAGACCCGCCCAUCUUCGCCAAGCCGGAUAAAAUCGUGGGAGUGAUAGGAGCCGCAGCCAGCUCUGUAUCCAUCAUGGUGGCCAACAUCCUGCGCCUAUUUAAGAUCCCGCAGAUCAGCUACGCCUCCACGGCCCCGGAGCUGAGCGACAACACCCGCUAUGACUUUUUCUCCCGUGUGGUGCCGCCGGACUCCUACCAGGCCCAGGCCAUGAUGGACAUCGUCACAGCGAUGGGGUGGAACUACGUGUCCACUCUGGCCUCGGAGGGCAACUAUGGCGAGAGCGGCGUGGAGGCCUUCGUCCAGAUCUCCAGGGAAACCAGUGGUGUGUGUAUCGCCCAGUCUCUCAAGAUCCCUAGAGAGCCUAAGCCGGGGGAGUUUGAUAAGAUCAUCAGGCGCCUGCUGGAGACCUCUAAUGCCAGGGCCAUCAUCAUGUUUGCUAAUGAGGACGACAUACGGCGCAUACUGGAUGCAGCAAAAAGGAACAAUCAGACUGGACACUUCCUGUGGGUGGGAUCAGAUAGCUGGGGAGCCAAAAUCUCACCUGUGAUUGGCCAGGAGAGGGUGGCAGAGGGAGCCAUCACUAUCCUGCCCAAACGAGCGUCUGUGGAUGCAUUUGACCGUUACUUCCGUAGCCGUUCGCUGUCCAACAAUAGGAGGAAUGUUUGGUUCGCUGAGUUCUGGGAGGAAAAUUUCAACUGCAAGUUGGGGAUGCAUGGAAAAAGACCAGGAAGCCCCAAGAAAUGCACAGGUCUGGAAAAGGUCGGACGCGACUCCAGCUACGAGCAGGAGGGGAAGGUGCAGUUUGUGAUGGAUGCUGUGUAUGCCAUGGCGCACGCCCUGCACCGCAUGCACAGGGAGCUCUGUUACGGCUACCCCGGCCUAUGCCCGCGCAUGUCCAACAACAUCGACGGCAAAGAGCUGCUGAGCCACAUACGGGCGGUUAGCUUCAACGGAAGUGCAGGUACUCCUGUGGUUUUUAAUGAGAAUGGAGAUGCUCCGGGAAGAUAUGACAUCUUUCAGUACCAAAUCACCAAUAAAUCUACUGCCGAAUACAGAGUCAUCGGCACCUGGACCAACAAACUAUACCUGAGCGUGGAGGCCAUGCGGUGGAGGACGGGCAAUCCAUCCCUCCCUGCCUCGGUGUGCAGCAUACCGUGCCGGGCAGGGGAAAGGAAGAAAGUGGUGAAAGGCGUGCCGUGCUGCUGGCACUGUGAGUGCUGUGAGGGGUAUCACUACCAGGCCUCCGAGUUCACCUGUGAGCUGUGCCCGUACGAGAUGCGCCCCGACACCAACCGCACCGGCUGUGUUCCAAUCCCCAUCAUCAAGCUGGAGUGGCACUCACCAUGGGCCAUCAUCCCCGUCUUCAUCUCCAUGCUGGGAAUCAUCGCCACUUCCUUUGUCAUCAUCACGUUCGUCCGCUACAACGAUACGCCGAUCGUGCGGGCGUCGGGGCGGGAGAUGAGCUAUGUGCUGCUGACGGGCAUCUUCCUGUGCUACGCCAUCACCUUCCUGAUGAUCGCGGCUCCGGAUGUGGGCGUCUGCUCCUUCAGGAGGAUCUUCUUGGGCCUGGGGAUGUGUUUCAGCUAUGCCGCCCUGCUCACCAAGACCAACAGGAUACACCGCAUCUUCGAACAGGGGAAGAAAUCCGUGACGGCGCCGAGGUUUAUCUCUCCAGCGUCUCAGCUCGUCAUCACCUUCUCCCUGAUCUCAGUCCAGCUGCUGGGCGUCUUCGUCUGGUUCGCCGUGGACCCGCCCCACACCGUGGUUGACUACGGCGAGCAGAGGACCCAGGACCCCUCGGCUGCGCGUGGCGUCCUCAAGUGCGACAUCUCGGACCUGUCGCUCAUCUGCUCCCUGGGCUACUCCAUCCUGCUGAUGGUGACGUGCACGGUGUACGCCAUCAAGACCCGCGGCGUGCCGGAGACCUUCAACGAAGCCAAGCCCAUCGGCUUCACCAUGUACACCACCUGUAUCAUCUGGCUGGCUUUCAUACCCAUCUUCUUCGGGACGUCACAGUCUGCAGAGAGGAUGUAUAUCCAGACCACCACCCUGACCAUCUCGCUCAGCCUGUCUGCCUCCGUGUCUCUGGGGAUGCUCUACAUGCCCAAAGUCUACAUCAUCCUCUUCCAUCCUGAACAGAACGUACCCAAACGCAAACGCAGCUUCAAGGCCAUUGUGACAGCAGCCACCAUGUCGGGAAAGUUGACCCAGAAGGGAGGAGACCGGCCCAAUGGAGAGGUCAAGACUGAGCUCUGUGAGAGCAUGGAGACCAACACUUCAUCAACUAAGACAACAUAUGUCAGCUACAGCAAUCAUGCCAUCUGAAGGGACGAGGGGACGGAGAGGAAGGGGACCGGACGGAACGGGGGGACGGGGACAUGUCUUGGGGCGGGGGCCAUGCCAACGGAACA